AUGGCACCAACAAAAGCAGAGAAGAAACCUGCUGAGAAGAAGCCCGCCGGCGAGAAGUCUCCGGCAGAGAAGAAGCCCAAGGCCGGGAAGAAGCUCCCGAAGGAGGGUGGCGCCGCCGGCGACAAGAAGAAGAAGAGGGUGAAGAAGAGCGUUGAGACGUACAAGAUCUACAUCUUCAAGGUGCUGAAGCAGGUCCAUCCAGACAUUGGGAUCUCGAGCAAGGCCAUGGGCAUUAUGAAUAGCUUCAUCAACGACAUCUUCGAGAAGCUCGCCCAGGAGGCCUCGCGGCUCGCGAGGUACAACAAGAAGCCAACGAUCACCUCCCGUGAGAUCCAGACUGCUGUGAGGCUGGUGCUGCCUGGCGAGCUGGCGAAGCAUGCGGUUUCAGAGGGGACGAAGGCGGCCGAGAAGAAGCCCGCCGCCGAGAAGAAGCCGGCCGCCGAGAAGGCCCCUGCGGAGAAGAAGCCCAAGGCCGGGAAGAAACUUCCCAAGGAGGGCGGCGCCGCCGGCGACAAGAAGAAGAAGAGGUCGAAGAAGAGCGUUGAGACUUACAAGAUCUACAUCUUCAAGGUUUUGAAGCAGGUUCACCCGGACAUCGGGAUCUCGAGCAAGGCCAUGGGUAUCAUGAACAGCUUCAUCAACGACAUCUUUGAGAAGCUCGCCCAGGAGGCGUCCCGUCUCGCGAGGUACAACAAGAAGCCGACCAUAACCUCUCGCGAGAUCCAGACCGCCGUGAGGUUGGUGCUUCCUGGGGAGUUGGCUAAGCACGCCGUCUCUGAGGGAACCAAGGCCGUCACAAAGUUCACCAGCUCUUGA